GCGCGUGACAACUUGAUUGUUGAACUGCUCGGGCUACAUUGACCACCAUGGAUGACAGACCUGACCCCAUUGCACAAUUCUUCCCCGACCAGGAUCCCGAGUCUGUAAACUUAUAUUCUGUCCUAGACGUAGAAUCUUCAGCCAAGCCAGACGAAAUCAAGAAGGCGUACCGCAAACUUGCCCUUAUUCAUCACCCAGAUAAACACGCGACAGCUGGCGAAUCUGCAAAGGCGGACGCGUCACUCAAGUUUCAGCAGAUCGGGUUUGCCUACGCUGUCUUAGGUGAUGAGAAGCGUCGCGAGAGAUAUGACAAGAUUGGCAGGACAGACGAGGGAUUCGACCUUGGUGCGGGCGAGGAUGGGUGGGAUGCAUACUUUGAAGAUCUCUUCGAGAGGGUUACGAAGCAGAGGCUAGAUGAACUGAAGAAAGAGUAUCAAGGCUCAGAUGAAGAGGUCCAGGACCUCAAAGCUGCCUAUCUCGAAGCAGAAGGCGCUAUAGAUAUCAUCAUGCAACACAUUCCACAUUCCACCUAUGAUGACGAGGCGCGUUUCAUUGUCAUCAUCUCCGACCUCAUACGUAAGAAGGAACUUCCUUCAUUCAAGACAUGGGAUGCAAGCGUGAAGGAUGAGAAGUCUAGACUCGUACGAAAGAAACAGGGUGAGAAGGAGGCCAAAGAGGCAGAAGAGAUGGCGAAGGAGUUAGGUGUCUGGGACGAGUUCUUCGGAAGUGGAAAACCUUCCUCGAAGAAGGGGAAGGGCAAAGGGAAGGGUAAAGCCAAGGAUGACGCUCCCGCGGACGAGGAAGAGGACUAUUCUGCCCUUCAUGCCCUGAUUCUCAAGAAACGAAAGACCACAGACAACUUCUUCGACAGUCUUGCGGAGAAGUACACUCGAGAAGAGGAGAGCAGUAAGGCUAGGGGAAAGAAGGAGAAGAAGCGAGUCAAAGCCGACGAAGAGGAGGAAGAAGCUGAGAUGGGAUCUCCAAAGAAGAAGUCCAGAAAAAAUGUGCCACCACCUCCUGAUAUUGACGACAAGGAAUUCGAGUCGUUGCAAAAGAAACUUUUCGGAGACAAAGCGAACGCGAAGAAACAAGAUGAAAAUGCAUCUGCUUCUAAAUCCAAGCGAAGUACAAGAGCGAAGAAGGGGCGGUGACCUCAGUUCAAUGCUUGCUAGGCCUCCUGUAUAUUUAUUGUCCUUUCUUUUCUUUUCUCCAUCUUGCUUGGGUCCAUCGUUGUUUGUGAUGAGUUGUACAAGUAUAGCUGCAUAGUAUCUAUGUACUUUGUCCGGCAAACCAAUAAAGAUGUUACAAAUAUCGAACAGAAUCAAUACC